AUGGAGAUCGAAGAAAAAUUAGCAAAAACUGAUGAAAUUCUUCAAUAUGAAAACGAAAUUAUUCUUCAAAUAUUUCACGAAGAUGGUUUAUUAAUCCUAGCAAGAGGCCUCGGUUUAGAGAGAAUCUUUUGCGAAAUGUUAAAACUUUAUUGUGCAGAACACAAUCUUGUUUUCAUUUUGGGCUGUACAGAUGUCGAACAAAACUACUUCAUAGAACAAUUAAUUCAUCAAGGAAUCGAUCCACCACCACGUGUGAUUACAGCGGACAUAUCAAUUCAUGAACGAAAGGAACUUUACCUGCAAGGUGGAUUGUUUUUCGUUACUGCAAGAAUUUUAACUGUUGAUUUGCUCACUGAUCGAAUGCCGAUCGAUCUAAUUACUGGUUUAUUGGUGUACCGUGCUCAUCGUAUAACAGAUUCGUCUCCUGAGUCAUUCAUUGUUCGUUUAUACCGUGAUAAAAAUAAAACCGGUUUUAUCAAAGGUUUCACUGAUUCAGCGUUGGACUUUUCUCGUGGAUAUAAUCAACUAGAUUGUGUAAUGAAAAAUCUUUUUCUUCGUCACGUUUAUCUGUAUCCAAGAUUUCAAGUCACAGUACGUUCGACAUUUGAAAACUGUUCACCGGAUGUGAUUGAACUACAAGUACCAUUAACAGUGCUAAUGAUGGAUAUUCAAAUAUCUCUAACAGAAUUGAUCAACGCAUGUUUACAAGAACUUCGCUCAUCAACAACAUGGUUAGAUAAUGAUAUGUUAACCGUAGAUCAAGCGAUAUUAAGUUCAUUCGAACGAUUGAUUCAUGUACAACUUCAACCUAUAUGGAAUCAAAUUAGUAUUCGGACAAAACAGUUGUUGAAUGAUAUUAAAACACUACGAUUAUUUGUGCUUUAUUUAACACAAUAUGAUUGUGUGACGUUUUAUAAUGCGGUGCAAGCGGUUUUUAUCAACGAGAAAAUGUAUGGAUCGCGUGGAAAGAAUGUUUACUCGUCGCAGGGAACAACGGGCAGUUGGCUUUAUCUACCAGCAGCAGAAAGAUUAUUAGUGGCAGCGAAAUGUCGCGUUUUUGGCGAAAUAGCGAAGAAACAGAUACAACAAGCAAAAGAUAAAGAAGAACCGGCGAAACUUGAAGAAAAUCCGAAAUUAAAACUGGUUUCUGAUGUUCUACAAGAAAUUCGAGAAAACGAAGAUAAUCAAAUGUUAGGACCACCCAUAACAUUAAUCGUCUGCGCAGAAGAUCGAGCAUGUUCGCAAUUGAAACAGUAUCUUCUAUUAGGCGGAAGGGUUAUGCUGGAACGUUUACUAGAACAAACACUCAACCCACCAACUACGAACGAAGUCGAAGUGAAAAAACCAGUAGAGAAAAAAGCGAAGAAGACUCGAACAACAAAUGAGACGAAAGAAGAAACAACAGAUGAAACUUCCAAUAGAGACGAAAAGCUUGAUAUCGAAGGCAUUGAAGGAGGUUAUGUCAUUGAGGAUGACGAUGGGUCAACCUGUCCAUCAACAACCAUUCUCUAUCCUUUCAGUGGAAAUAUCGAUAAUCAUUUUGUUCUCGGAAAGAUUUUAUUGAAAUAUCGUCCACGAUUUGUUAUUUUGUAUGACGCAUCACUAACAUUCGUUCGACAACUUGAAGUAUUUAAAGCAACAAAUCCCACUCAUCCUCUACGAAUCUAUUUUCUUCUCUACGGUAAAUCAAUUGAAGAACAACGGUAUUUAUUAAGUGUUAAAAAGGAAAAAGAAGCUUUUGAAAAUCUUGUUCGAGAAAAAGCUUCGAUGGUCAUUCCUGAAGAACGUGAAGGUCGAGAUGAAUACAAUCCAUUACUAAGUCGUGAUCCUACUCCAGCUAAUCAACAAGCAUAUGGAACCGGUGCAGCUUCGACUAUCGAUCCAACCGAUACGAGACAUGGAGGUUUAAUUCCAAUGAAACCAAUAUCAAACCUUCGUCCAAAAGUGAUUGUCGAUAUGAGAGAAUUUCGAAGUGAACUUCCAUCGUUGAUUUGGAAACGAGGCAUUGAUAUCGAACCGGUGACACUCGAAGUUGGAGAUUAUAUUUUAACACCAGAAAUAUGUAUUGAAAGAAAAAGUGUAUCGGAUUUGAUUGGUUCGUUGAACAACGGUCGAUUGUACCAACAAGCGUUACAAAUGACAAGAUUUUAUAAGAAGCCAAUGUUAUUGAUUGAAUUUGACCAAAAACAAGCAUUUCAUCUUGCGAACAAACAAAAACACAAUUCUUCGUCAGAAUUCAAUGCACAUGACGUCACAUCAAAAUUAGCCUUGUUGACAAUGCAUUUUCCGAAAUUACGAAUUCUCUGGUGUCCAUCACCUUAUGCAAGUGCAGAACUAUUUGAAGAUUUAAAAAGAGAUCGAGAAGAACCCGAUUCCAAAAAUGCCAUGUUAGUCACGGCUGAAUCCGAACUACUCGAUGAAGAUGAACGAUACAAUUCUAUUGUUCAGGAUCUUUUGAUUCGUAUGCCUGGUGUAACAUUUAAAAAUUACAAAUUAAUCAUGAACAAAGUGGAAAAUCUUCGUGGGUUAACUCGCUUAACGGAAGACGAAUUAACUACAAUUAUGGGAAAUUCUAAACAAGCAUCUUUAUUGUACAAUUUUAUUCAUAAGCGAAAAGAUGAACUUGUCGUUGAUAUCAAAUCGAAGACCGCAUCGAAUAGCACAUGGAAGAAACGGCGAUAA